CCUCCCCUCCCCAGGUCCCGGAAGCGGGGACCCCGACCCGCAGCUCCAGGUUUCCAUGGCGGCGGUGGCGCUGGGGCUCCUUCUCCUUGGCUCCGUGGUCCGGGCUGGCUCCGAGGUCCAGGUUCCCGAUGCCUGCUCUGAGGGAACAUUGGCCCCCGUGCCCCCCAACCUCCUCUGGGCCCUGUCCUGCCCCGACCAGCCCCCCAUCCUCACCCCGCAGCCGGACGAUGUCCUUCCCCCUUGGGUCCGGCGGCUGCUGCCCCGAAGCCUGCAGCUCCCGGGAAAGGCCUGGGCCUGUGGGGACCCCAGCAGAGGGCAGCCGGGGGACUGCAUCUCCCCGCUGGAGCUGAGGGGCCGGGCCCUCAGGUUCCUGGCCAGGAGCCGACCCAGGAGGGACCUCACCUCGCCCACGCCGGGACCGCUAGGAGGGAACCAGACGGCCUCCGCGCCCUCCGGGUCCGCGGCGGGGAGUAGCGGCCGGCCCUGGCCCUACCUGGUGGGCUUCGUGGGCGGGGCCGUGCUGCUCUCCCUCCUCCUGGCCCUCGCCGCCAAGUGUCACGUGUGCCGCCGCCACCGUGCCAGCUACCGCCACCGCCCGCUGCCCGAAGGGGAGAAGGGGCAGGGCCGGCCCCGGCGCCCAGAGGAGGAGGAGGACGACGACGGCUUUAUCGAGGAUAACUACAUCGAGCCGGUGGGCAGGGGAGUCCCUGGGGGCAGCGAGGCUCAUUUCCCUCUCUGAUUUCCCUGAGGCCGCCCCCCUCCAACCUCCUUCUCUUCCUGUUCCGCUGGAUCCGUUGAGUGUUCAUGAAGCACUAACCUCGGCCCGGUCCUCCCCUGGAGGGAGCAGAGGCGCCCUGGAACUGCAGGCCUCGCCGAGGUCUGACCUGGGCCUGGAGCAUUAGUACGGGAGUAGAAGAGGGCAGUAGGGGACCAGUGGAAAGAGCACAGGGCUGGGAGUUGAGAGUACUGACCCGAAUUCUAAUCCCAGCUCUGCCACUGGCCCGCUCCGUGACUUUGGGAGAUCGCUUCCCCUCUCCGGGCCCCAGUUUCCUCAGCUGGAAAGUGGCGAAAAGGCAACGACGGAUGUGAAAACACCUUGGAAAAUACAAGGGUGCACGACCGA